AUGUCGCAGCCUAUAAUUCGCGACUUUAGAGCCGACUUUGUAUAUAACAACUUCGGCUACGACAUGGUCGGUCGGGCCAUCGAAAAGUUGACGGGUAAGAGCCUUGGUGCAAACUUCAAGGAGAAGCUGUUUGGACCGCUUGGGAUGUCCCGGACAUCUACCCAGGACAUUCCAAACAACACCAACGCUGCUAAGGCCUAUUUCGCACUGGACGAUGCUUCUCCUUUUGAAGUUCCCAUUCCCAUCAUCUCGGACCAAGCCCUCAUGGCAUCAGCCGGAGAAGAAGGCCAAGACAUUGACUUUGAGAAGUUGGCCACCACUGCUAGAGAGACAAGCACCACGCUGGCGUCCAAGAUCGAAUCUACACUUGAGGAGAAGCAUGAAAAGAACACCAAGCCUCUAGAGCUCAAGGCCUACGUGGGACGAUAUUAG